AUGGCUCGUGUCUUAGCAUUCGCCGUGUCCGCGGCCGCCCUCGUCGCGCCGCCGACGCAGCAAACGCGACGACCUGUCACCGCGCGCGCCGUGGUCUCGGAGCCUAUCCCGUCCAGUGUGAGCUCCAAAGACACUUUGGUAGCGGCCGCCGAGGCCUUCGAUUUGCAGGGCUACUUCGCCAAGAAGGUCCAGGCCGUCGAGAAGGCGUUGGACGCGUCCAUCCAGUGCACGACGCCCGAGACCAAAAAAAUUGUGGAGUCCAUGAGAUAUUCAUUACUGGCCGGAGGCAAGCGCGUGCGCCCGGUCAUGACCAUCGCCGCCUGCGAGAUGUUCGGCGGUUCUGAGGCUACUGCGAUGCCGACCGCAGUCGCCAUCGAAAUGAUUCACACGAUGUCGCUUAUUCAUGACGACCUCCCGGCCAUGGAUGAUGAUGAUUUGAGGAGAGGGUCGCCGACGAACCACGUCGUGUUUGGUGAUGACGUCGCGAUUCUCGCCGGUGAUGCUCUCUUGUCAACGUCGUUCGAGCACUGCGCUGAUGGGUCUACGAAGGCCGGCGUCGAGCCCAAGGUGAUCGUCGAGUGCAUCCGCCGGCUGGGCGAGGCGGUGGGUGCGGUCGGCUUGGCCGGUGGCCAGGUCAUGGACCUCGAAUGCGAGGCCAAGCAGGGCGUCACGUUGGAUGAAUUGACUUGGAUUCACACGCACAAAACCGCGAAACUGUUGGAAGUGUCUGUCGCUACUGGUGCUCUGCUCGGUGGCGCGAAUCCUCGGGACGUGAAGCAGUGCGAGACCUUCGCGAACGACAUCGGCAUCGCGUUCCAGGUGGCCGACGACAUCCUCGAUGUUACGGCUACGUCCGAAGCUCUGGGCAAAACGGCAGGGAAAGAUUUGGACGCGGACAAGACGACCUACCCGAAGCUCAUGGGCUUGGACGGCGCGCGGGCCGAGGCGGAACGGUUGUACCAGGAGGCCAUCGAUUCGGUCGUGCCGUACGGCGAGGCGGCGAUUCCCUUGAUCGCGAUCGCGAAGUACAUCGUCGAGCGCAAGUCGUAGAGUUGCUGUUCUCUCUCCCUCUCUCCCCGAUUAAAUGAAUCUCGUAGACGACUCGUAGUGCGGCGCUCUCCGACGCGCGAGGGGUCGCGACGGCUGGCGUUGCGGGGUACCGACGCCUCUGGAGCUGGCAUCUCCCUGGCCGUGACAGGUUCUUACCCCGCGGGGCAUUGACCUUAGCGCUUGGCCGGCGCCCGCGGCCGCCGCGACGCCAACCCCGAAUUUAGUUUCGUGCCCGCUGAUCACGUACCAGACGCCUCUAGCCGUACGGGAAACGUCAGUUACUGCCGUUUCACGGGUGCUCGGGCAGCCCUCGCCUGCAAAUUUGGAGAGUGGUGGUGUGACAAGGACACGCUUGGAUAAGCAAAAACCGUGCCCGCGGCGUCUUUGCAACAUCGUCGGCACUUCGUUGGCCAACGCGCAUCACCAUCAAGAGCUAUCCCAGCAAAUUCGGUGCUGCGGCGGUCUCAUACCUGCCUGAAGUUGCCGCGCGGCACCUGGGCCUUGCAUCAGCGCUUGCGAUUGCUCGCCGGCGGCGCGCUUGGCCAGCGGUGCCGCGCAUCGCUGCGCUAUGGAAUGGCCGGCUCGAAUUUUUCGAGCGGUGCUCACAAAUUGAAAACUCCCAAGACGCGCCCGCCGCCAGCGAACCUCUCGCAGCAAAAAAACACACCGAGACGCCGUCGACGCGCUAAAAACACACCGAAACGCCGCUGAUACGAUCAAAAACACGCCGAGACGCCGCCGACGCGCCGCCGCUCGAAGAUCACCCCGUCCGUCAACGCAGGCACAACAAAAUGUCGAUCCGCGUCGGUAUCAAUGGAUUCGGCAGAAUUGGCCGCCUCGUUAUGCGCGCCGCGCAGACGAACCCGAACAUCAGCAUCGUCGGCGUCAGUGUGGAAAUCAAAUUUUGGGCGCCCCACGCCAUCGACGCGACGUUGUCGAAACCUAACUCACUGGUUGAUAAUUCCACACAGGUGGGCGUCAACGACCCCUUCAUCCCGGUCGACUACAUGCGCUACAUGCUCAAGUACGACACCGUGCACGGCCGCUUCCCGAACACGGUCGAGGUCGCGGGCGACUCGAUCGCCGUCGGCGGCGACAAGGUCAAGGUGUUUGGGGAGCGUGAUCCUUCAAACAUCGACUGGUCCUCCUGCGGCGCCGAUUAUGUGAUUGAGUCGACGGGCGUCUUCACGAAGACCGAGGCGGCCAGCGCCCACUUAAAAGGUGGCGCGAAGAAGGUCAUCAUCUCCGCGCCGUCGCCCGACGCGCCCAUGUUCGUCUGCGGCGUGAAUUUGGAGACCUACGAGCCCUCCAUGGACGUCGUGUCCAACGCGUCGUGCACGACGAACUGCCUCGCGCCGCUCGCCAAGGUCAUCAACGACAACUACGGCAUCAAGGACGGCCUCAUGACGACGGUCCACGCCGUCACGGCCACCCAACAAACCGUCGACGGCCCCUCCCAAAAAGACUGGCGCGGCGGCCGCGGCGCCUGCUACAACAUCAUCCCGUCGUCGACGGGCGCCGCCAAGGCCGUCGGCAAGGUCAUCCCGGCGCUCAACGGCAAGCUCACGGGCAUGUCCUUCCGCGUGCCCACGGCCAACGUGUCGGUGGUCGACCUGACCGUGAACCUCAACAAGGGCGCGUCCUACGACGACAUCAAGAAGACGGUCAAGGCCGCGUCCGAGGGCCCGAUGAAGGGCAUCCUCGGCUACACCGAGGACGACGUCGUGUCGUCGGACUUCAUCGGCCAGACGGAGACGAGCGUCUUCGACGCCAAGGCGGGCAUCGCGCUCUCGGACACGUUCGUCAAGCUCGUGACGUGGUACGACAACGAGGCCGGCUACUCGUCCAAGUGCCUCGACCUCAUCUCGCACAUGGACGCGUCCAAGUAGAUGCUUGUGACCCCUCUGCCCACUCGCGUAACUACAGUGUAAAUCUG